GGUGGGAGGGUUUGGGAACACAGAUACAGUGAAGUAAAGUUUUAGAGAGGGGCCCGACUAGUGUUGUGCUGUGCAGGUUGGCGAGGGAUUGCUAUAGGAUGACCCCUCUUUUGAGGCUGUUAUAGGAGGCCUUCUGAUAUUCACUUUAUGGCCAAGUGACAGUUGAUCAUCCGUCAAGUACAUUGGAGGGCAUUUCUGUGAAUGUCUCUUUGCGGCACAUCUACCAAUGCAAAUAUGAUGGCGGCAUAUAAUGGGGGCACAUCAACAGCAGCUGGGGGUCACCACCACCAUCAUCAUCACCAUCACCUGGCCCAUUUGCCCCCUCCCCACCUACACCAUCAUCACCACCUCCAUCCACAGCAUCAUCUGCACCCAGGCUCAGCAGCAGCUGUACACCCUGUUCAGCAGCAUGUCUCCUCUUCAUCAGCUUCCUCUUCAGCUGCCGCCGCUGCUGCGGCAGCGGCUGCAGCAGCAGCAAUGCUAAAUCCAGGACAGGCCCAGUCGUACUUUCCAUCUCCAGCUCCAGGGCAAGCUCCAGGUCCUGCAGCAGCAGUGGCCCCGGCUCAAGUGCAGGCUGCUGCUGUAAAGGCUCACCAUCAUCAGCACUCUCAUCAUGCCCAGCAACUGGAUAUUGAACCUGAUCGUCCCAUUGGUUAUGGUGCAUUUGGAGUUGUCUGGUCAGUAACAGAUCCAAGAGAUGGAAAAAGAGUUGCUCUGAAAAAGAUGCCCAACGUCUUCCAGAAUCUAGUCUCUUGCAAGAGGGUCUUCCGAGAAUUGAAGAUGUUGUGUUUUUUUAAGCAUGACAACGUACUCUCAGCACUUGAUAUUCUCCAGCCACCUCAUAUUGAUUAUUUUGAAGAAAUAUAUGUUGUCACGGAAUUAAUGCAGAGUGACCUUCAUAAGAUCAUUGUCUCUCCUCAGCCUCUCAGUUCAGAUCAUGUCAAGGUUUUUUUGUAUCAGAUUUUAAGAGGUCUGAAGUAUUUGCAUUCAGCUGGCAUUUUACAUCGAGAUAUUAAACCAGGGAAUCUACUUGUGAACAGCAACUGCGUUCUUAAGAUCUGUGAUUUUGGAUUGGCAAGGGUUGAAGAACUCGAUGAAUCUCGGCAUAUGACUCAGGAAGUUGUCACUCAGUAUUAUCGGGCUCCAGAAAUCCUCAUGGGGAGUCGACAUUAUACCAACGCUAUAGACAUCUGGUCUGUAGGGUGCAUUUUUGCAGAGUUACUCGGGCGAAGAAUAUUGUUUCAAGCUCAAAGUCCAAUCCAACAGUUGGACUUAAUCACUGAUUUGUUGGGUACACCGUCACUAGAAGCAAUGAGAACGGCUUGUGAAGGAGCCAAGGCACACAUACUCAGGGGUCCUCAUAAACAGCCAUCUCUUCCUGUCCUCUACACACUGUCCAGCCAGGCAACUCAUGAAGCUGUCCAUCUGCUCUGCAGGAUGCUGGUCUUUGAUCCAUCCAAACGGAUAUCGGCUAAAGAUGCCUUGGCUCACCCGUACCUGGAUGAAGGCCGCUUGCGAUAUCACACUUGCAUGUGCAAAUGUUGUUUUUCAACUUCUUCCGGGAGGGUCUACACCAGUGAUUUUGAGCCGAUCACAAAUCCAAAAUUUGAUGACACUUUUGAAAAGAACCUCAGUUCUGUUCGGCAGGUGAAAGAAAUAAUUCAUCAGUUUAUAUUGGAACAGCAGAAAGGAAACAGAGUACCUCUGUGCAUCAAUCCUCAGUCUGCUGCUUUUAAAAGCUUUAUAAGUUCCACUGUUGCUCAACCCUCCGAGAUGCCACCAUCUCCACUGGUUUGGGAGUGAGAGUGGAAGACUUACUACUGACGACCAUUGUGUAGCUUUCCACUGGAGUCUGGGAAUUGCAAUUCUGGAGAGUGCGCCUGUACUGUAAUUUUACAAAUUAAGGUUAAAUCUACCAACCACUAUGUGAGAAAAAAAAAGUGUAUCAUAUUUAAGACAAAAGUGGUGUACAGCUGUGCCGUCGGUGGUUGUACUUCUGAAUGGAUUGAACCCAGAAUUGCUUAUUUUAUCAAAUAUAUGAUGUUUUAAGGCUCAGAACAAAUUGCACCAAAUGAUGUAAUAAAUGGGUUUUUGUAGAGGUUGGUUCUAGGUUUUUAAAUAUUAUUUUAUUUAUUUUUUUAAUUAAAGUGUGGCUGUGUGCAAAGCAUUUUUAUACUGAGCCAUUCCAAAAUAAACUCCCCCCCCCCUUAAAUUUUCUGUUAAUCCAAGCAACGAGUAAGGACUGGAGAAUGUGUCUGGAGACCAAUCACAAAGUACUUCCCAUAUUGAAGAAUGACCAGGGGCUGACUAUGUCCUGAGCUUGAUGUCCCUUACCUAGUGCUGCACUAGAAACCAUCUUGUUAUUUAUAUGUUCGGAGACCAGAAGGCUUUUGGCGAGGAGGAGGAGGAGUACAUCGGUGACUAGAGGGAAUGGACGUUCUCCCUUCCCAAUAUAAAUAUAUAAAUGAUAUAUUCUAUUUUUCUUAGACUUCUUUUUUUUCUUACCUUGAAGUCCUGGGCAUGCAUCGUUUCCAUCUGUGUAUAUAAUUCCAUUGAUCAUCGGUCGUUUGUAAAGGUCCUUUUUAAUGUCCCACUGUAUAAAGGUGAGCUAGCUUGCACAUUUUAGAUUAUAAAAAGGUUUUUGUGACCCCCCCCCUCCCAGACCCCUCCAGCCUUUGCACUGGACAGCCUAGAAGCAAGGAAAGGUGCCAACGCUGAGAACUGAGGGAAUACCUGUACCUGCGCUUGUGUAGGCGAGCAGACAUGGAAACAUCACGGCUAAAGAAUCUUUUACUUUUCAUUUGCUUUUUUGAUUCAACACUGAAUUCUCCUGUGCAUAUGUACAUACAGACACAACGUAAGGCCUCUACCUCCUGGAGUAGACAGCUCAGCUCGUUUCACUCCAAAUGAUUAUUUUUUAGCUUCAGUGUGCAGACUUGAAACUUGAAUGUUCCUUCCAGUUUUUAUAUGUAAGCAUAUUCCACUAGCGCAACACGAGAAGGCAGAAGAUCACUCUCACUGUUAUCAAGGAAUUACUACAGAUGUAGUGUGCUAUUACCUGCUAAACUUAUUGUCAUUUAUCCUACAAGAAUAUUUUUUUGAUCCUGAACAAGCUGGAUUUGAUAGGAGGACACUAAAUAGAUUUUUUUUUCUCCCUACAGUUUUUUGUUUUGUUUUAAGCUUUAUUUUACGGAAAUAAUAAUUUUUUUUUCAACUUCAAUGGAGUCAUUUUUGCUGUGAAAAAUGUGCGUUUGAAUUCCAACUAUCGGAGAUAUGGAGUCUUUCUUUCAUCUUUUUUUUUUGUUUCCUUAUUUAGUUUCCUUUUUUCUGCAGCGGCUCCUUUAACAGAUGCCCCGGAGGAAGUGUUUCACCUGGGGCGUAAGCAAAUAGCCCGGGGUCACCAGAAGGAGAUGAUCAGCAUUGUGGAGCACAAGGCUGGCUGAGGAAAGGUGAAACAUGACCAUGGUGAUUUGAGAUACUUGCUGGUCACUUUGUAAAAUGUAGAUUUGAAGUUCAGUGGUGAAAACAUUAAAUGUGUCAUUUAAAAAAAAAAAAAAAAA